UACKUCGACCAGGAAACCCAAUCUGAGAUAAAUUUAGUGAUCGAGGCUAUUGCUAUUGAGGACUAAUUAUAUUCGAGACUGCCCGGAAUAGCGAGUGUUGCAGUGCAAACUGGUUCGAAAGUAUUAGUGCGACUGCAGAACGUGAAUUAUUAUUAUUUCUCCACCAUGGGCUUUCGAUGUCAAGCGUUGACCACAGGUAUUGUUUUAUUAAUCGUUGGAAUUACUUUCGCCGUCCUUGUUGGUGUAUUUUGGAGAGAACUAGCGGAGAUAAAGCAACUCAACUCGAUCAAUGGUACUKCUGUUCCUGCCGUGGUUACUUUUACUUUGUUCAACUACGACUGGGUYGUGUCUGCUACUCUCAUUGCGUCACCAUUAGCAAUAUUCUGUGGAGUUAUUGGAAUUAUUGGUGGCUGUCAGCAAGGACAAUGCAUCACGCUGACUUACCUGGUUUCUUCUGUACUGACGUUAUUUACCUAUAUCUGUUUGCUGAUUGGUUCAAUUGUCYUUUUUGCAAGUCAUUGUCAAGAUGGCUUUAAAAAGUGCAUGAAAGAGCAAGAACGUCAAAGUGUCGUCUUGAUUUCAAUCAUCGCUAUCUCCUUYUUGAUCAUAAUUCUUUCACUGUUUGCUUCCUGCUUGUCAUGCAGGGCAAGAUGCUUUUGUUGCGGCGCAACCUCAAAGAGGAACAUCAAGAGCCAAGAAAAUAUGGCAGCUGUGUCGUCAGUUUGAUGGAACAAGAAGAUUCUUUGUCUUUAUUUACCUUUUAUUUACAUUUAUUAUGAUUACGAUUUUGCCAUUGCCUACAAUGUUUUCAAUCAGCAUUGAUGAUCAGGGAAAAAAACAAUGUGUGACCAACAGGCAUUAUGGGAGUUUUGUCAUGACACAAAGCAAUGCAUAAACAAGCUUGUAAAGUUUUCUUCCUUCUUUAUUUGUGUGCCGGAAAAAUUAAACCUGAAAUCGUUUCAUAAGUUGUGCGGGCUUGAAAUUUACUUUUUUUGCCAUCAUAAUUCCCACAAAAAAAAACGUGAUUUGCCCAAAAGAAUUUUCAUUGAUUUGUAAUCGCAUUUCUGUGAUGUUGAACCUUAAUAACUUUUCAAAAUAAAAGGCUUUUCUCGAAAAUUCUAUUCAUUUUAAA